UCGGAGCGGCGGAGGCUCCGUGAUCCCGGGAUGGGCUCCGGCACUUGGCUCCCGCUGCUCUUCACCCUCGGAGCUCUUUGGGGGGUUGGAGCCAGGGAAAUGCAGUUGGGAAUUUUGGGAGAGCCAACGCUCCUGCAGAUCCCCCUCAAGUUCCAGGAGCGCACCGAGGAAUUCGGGGAAGCCUCCUGGAAAAAAACCAUGGAGGGGUCUCAGAAGAAGACAAUCCUGCUGAAGAUUUCCGGCGGGAACGCCACGGAGUAUGAGCGGGAGCGGAUGCGCUUCCACAGGGGGAAUUUUUCCCUGGAAAUCCUCAACACCAGCCGGGAUGACGAGAGGCUCUACGAGUACAGCGUCAGCAAGAGGCAGGAGGAGGAGCUCUGGCAGAUCCAGCUGAAGGUGUUCGAGCCGGUGGCCAAUCCCAACAUCCUGAUCCUCCAUCGGGAAUUGUCCAAUGGCAGCUGCUCCCUCUCCCUCCUCUGCACCUCGGAGCGGGGGGACGAGGUUUCCUACAGCUGGGACAGCCAGAAUAACGGGACCAGGGGGAUCUGCUCCGGGAAUGGUAGAGUCCUGAACGUUUCCUAUUCCCUACGGAACGCCAGCGUCCGCUGCGUCUGCACUGCCAGGAAUCGCGUCAGCAGCCGCGACGUGGCCUUCGACUCUUCCCAGUGCGGCUCCGAGCAGCGGGUUGUGGGGGAACUUGAGAGAUUUGUGGGGGAACUUGAGAGAUUUGUGGGGGAAUUUGGGAGAUUUGGCUACAUCUGGAGGUUCCACCAAGAUCACAUUAGGGGAAAAGCAACAGGAUAUAUUCGGGUGCUCGGAGUCUGCCGGGACCGGGACGGACGCUUUGAGGUCUGUCAGAACGGGGGCUACGGCCCGAGCUAG